AUGGCACGCAAUUCUAUUUCACGCGAAUUAAAUGUGGACGUAAAACGAACACAUCGAUACAUGUUGAAUACAUUCAUUUCUCUCUUGGUUCUCGGUUUUAUUCAUUUACCGUUGAAUACAUAUUCUUUAAUGAUUAACGAUGCGACAUGGUCGAUUGUUUAUUAUCGACGAAUCUAUAUUAUGAUAAUCAAUAUAAUUUUAAUCGGACUAUAUGGACUUGGUCUCUUUGUUCUUCAUCAACAUUCUCGAACAGGAUUACUUGUGUUUGCUUGGUUAGUAGCAGUUCUCGAUAUCAUUGCCACUCUUGCUGUUUUAUCGAUUCUCUUCGCUAUCAUCUUUUUAAUCUCGCCGAUAUCAGUUUAUUCCGUCGAAAUAUUUACUGGCGUGUUCCUAUUCAUAAUUCUUUCGAUUGUCGGAUUUGUUUUCAUGUUUGUCUUUAUUGUGACUAUUUUGUUUGGUCCUCUGCCAGCAAAAACUGAAAUAAAACCUGUUUUAUUGAAUAAAUUUGAAUUACCACAUGCUGGCUUUUCGACACUUUCACGGUCAUGGACAUUGAAUUCCACUUCAUGGACAUUGACGAUCUCCUGUUUCAAUGCAAUUCCAAAGACAACAGAUUAUGUUUAUAACGUUCCAAAUAUCGAAUGGCAAUUGACAACGAAAAUUACACCGACAUUGGUUACUAAUAAAAUCGUCUGGCCUAAUGGAAUCGUUCCAGCUGAUCCGUUAGUUGAAUACUCAGUGAUUGUGCCAAGCGGUUUUCUUGUUCCGGGAAAGACCAACGGAAAUUUGUAUUACAUAUCUCGAUCCGGACCAAUCGCGUUGGUACCAGAUGAUAAAACUAAUUGGUUUUACCAUGAUGCAGCCUUCAAGGAUAUGGAUGGUGAUGGUCAUCUAGAUAUUGUAACGGGACGAGCGAAUGUUCCGAUUAUUGGAGCACCAACAACUCAAUUGAUUUGGUUGAAAAAUCCUGGCAAUGAUACGAUUACUGGUCCUUGGAAAUUGAAUUAUUUAUUACGGGAAGGUGGUCCAGAUAUUCAAGUUCAAUUUGUUCGAAUUAAUUCGACAAACGUUCUCUUCGCGAAUUCUUUUUUUACACGUAAACUUCAAAUGUUCUGGUCAGAUUCCGAUCCACUUUGGAAUGACACUGCUCAAAUACAUGUACGUCAUAUUGAUUAUGAAACAGUUCCAUAUGGAUACGUACAAUUAAUAAACGAUCUCAAUGGUGAUCAAAAGCCAGAUCUUCUUGUUACUGUUAACGAUGAAUUUAACGGAUCGUUAAUUGCCUAUGAAGUACCAUCGUCGGGUGAUAUACGUCGAGCAAACUUUACGAAACAUGUUCUUGCAAGUGGCUUUGCCCCUCGAACUCAAGCUCGAGGACGUGGAGCACCAGGACAAGCCGUAGCAGUUGAAUUCAAGUCGCUUUCUACUCCUCGAAAGAAACCAGUUCUAAUUCUAUCAGGUGAUGAUGAUGGUUGUGUUUAUCUGUUAGAAGCACUUCAUGAUGAUGAUCCAUCAAAUUGGGAAUAUUCAAAGAAGGUUAUUCAUCGUUCGAGCAAAUCAACUAUUGGACAAGUUAGUGUCGAAGAUGUUGACAACGACGGGCAUCCUGAGAUGUUUGUACCAGCUUACAAUGAAGGUCUAGUCUAUAUUUAUCGAUUGAUAGACGGUUGA